AAAAACGAAAUGACGGAACCUGCACGACAGUCGCGGCCCCCACGAAUCGACGAACUGUGGUUAGCCAGAGCCCGUGAUGGAACUUGGGGUUCAAACCAGACCGCGAUAACGAAGGAGUUCGAGUCUCGGGCUUCGGCCUUCGAACUGGAAGUUGAGUUCUUGUAGGGAGGAGGAGGAGUUCUCGUAAAGAGCAGACGUGGAAACGUCCCGCUCCGACGACGAUGGUCGCCCGCCAGCGCUCGGCAUUUGCAGACUUGCACAAUUGCGCGGGACGUCGAGGGAGCUGCCAUUCUUUCUUGCACGAGGUCGGUGUUCGAGCGAUUUGUUGGCGAUCCGUCGGUGGCCGAGAGAUAGGGGGAGGCCGCGAUUUCUCAUGGCCGAGGUGACUUCCGCUUCGGAGAGGCGGGGCAUCCCGGCUGCGCCUUUCGUGCACGACGUCCAGACCUUUCUCAACAAGUCGAACUACGAUGCGUCCACCGCUCUGGCCGCGCUUCAAGAUCGGCUUCAGCAGUACAAGCUCGCUGAGAUGAAACUUCUUGCCCAACGACGAGACUUGCAGGCGAAGAUUCCAGACAUAAGAAAGUGUGUAGAAAUCGUGGGAACGUUGCUUGCCAAAAAAGGGACUGGCGAGGCUAUGAAGGUGGACUUUGAGCUUGCGGAGGGAAUCUAUUCUCGAGCAACAAUCCCGGAAGCUGAUUCAGUUUGUUUGUGGCUGGGAGCCAAUGUCAUGCUUGAAUAUACUUGCGAGGAGGCUAUGAGUCUGCUACAAAAUAAUUUAGAAAAUGCAACUGGAAGUCUGAAAGCCACUAUCGAAGAUAUGCAGUUCCUUCGGGACCAAGUUACUGUUACGGAGGUGACCAUAGCACGAGUGUACAAUUUUGAUGUACAUCAAAGACGGAAGCUUAGAAAUCAACCUAAGGAGGAGGAGGCUUCAUGAUACUCACUACGGUGUGAUGAUCGUUACCCUUUUGUUACUAGGUAAUUAUUGAAGUAGAUUUUUCUAGAUGGGACCUGAUGUGAUCGCCCCUAGCAUAGAAUUUAUCACUUUUGAGGGGAUAUUGCAGAUAGAUACGUUUUUGGCAUUAUCGAGGUCACUGCAGAUUGUAAGAUUUUGAAACAAUAGACCGAAGUAGGACUGGCUGAUUCAUACAAGUGAACCCGAGGAUAACACGGAGCAGUGAUCAUUAGAAUUCAGUUUUUGAACCAAUGUUCAUGCUAGAAUAUUGCGAGUGUGAAGAGUGUAUCGGUCGGUUAUCCUUGGUGACUCUUGUGUACUCAAGGUCAAUUUUGGCUUGUAUCUUUAAGACAGUUAUUUACCCAGGUCAUUUCAACCAUCAUCCUUGCAAUAGGCAUGCUUUUAUCAGAGAAUACAAAGUAUUAUCUCGGUCUGCUGCAUCUUCCAACAUCUGGCUUAACGUUGUAUUAGAAGCUGUCGGUAUUCUAUGUCCAUGGCCUGCAUGCACAUACGCAGUAUGGUAUCGCGCAUCACAUCUCUGAGAUGCUGA